CAGAAGAAAUCCAAUGAAUGCACAGAAGAAGCCCCAUAAAUGUUUGGAGUGUGGGAAAUGCUUUUCCAGGAAAGAUAGGCUUACAGUGCAUCAGAGAGUCCACACACAGAAGAAAUCCAAUGAAUGCACAGGAGAAAAAAACCAUAAAUGUUUGGAGUGUGGGAAAUGUUUUCCUUGUAAAUCAAAGCUCCUCACACACCAAAGUAUUCACAAAGGAGAGAAACCCUUCAAAUGCUGGGAUUGUGGAAAAUGUUUUACUAAAAAAUCUGGACUUCGUAUACACGAAAUAAUCCACACAGGAAUCAAACCAUAUAAAUGUUUGGAGUGUGGGCAUUGUUUUUCACAGAUGGGAAACCUUCAAAAACACCAAAGACACCACCUAGAAGAGAAAGUAUAUAAAUGUUGGGAGUGUGAGGAGUGUUUUAGUGAUGAGGCAGCCCUUGUGACACACCAGUCUGCCCAUACAGGAAAGAGGACAUACAAAUGCAUGGAGUGUGGGAAAUGUUUUGUAGAGAAAUCGAACCUUGCUAAACAUCGCAGAGUCCACACAGGAGAGAAACAAUAUAAAUGCUUGGAGUGUGGGAAAUUGUUUGCUCAUCAAUCAGAUCUUAUGAGCCACAGAAGAAUCCACAAAAAAAUUAAAUCCCAUGAAUGCUUGGAGUGUGGGAAACGUUUUUCCCGGAAAGAUGGCCUUGUAUUGCACAAGAGAGUCCACACAGGAGAGAAGCCUUAUAAAUGUUUGGAGUGCGGGAAAUGUUUUUCUCAAAGUUCACAACUUAUUACACACCAUAGAAUCCACACAGGAGAAAAACCCCAUAAAUGCUUGGAGUGUGGGAAAUGUUUUUCUCAAAAAUCAAUGCUUCUUACUCAUCAGAGAAUCCACACAGGAGAGAAACCACACAAAUGUUUGGAGUGUGGCAAGUCUUUUGCUCGGAAGAACACUCUUGUAACCCAUCAGAGGGUCCACACAGGAGAAAGACCCUAUAAGUGCUUGGAAUACUACAUCUCCCAGAAUCCUUUGAGUCCCCAGGGGGUUUCCUCGCUGCGGCGGGCCAAGAUCGACCACGUUGCCUUCUCUUACAUGAGAUGCGGAAGUCAGAUGGCAUCGCCAGACCCCAAGCCUGACCUCGUCCCCCAGCGAGAGCGAGAGGAAGAGCCACAGCUGCCCAGUCUUCAGGCCUCGGACGGAGCGGAGGCCGAUGAGCCAGACGGCAGCUUAGCCUAG